GACGCUUCGAAUAAUACGGACGUUCAGAUUUGAGCACAAUUCUCUUUCAAUUCUCUUCCAUUUUAUUUUCAACUCUUUACAGUACCUGUCACGAGAAUAUCAUGUACAUGGGCGUUGUUCUGAUGUGUCAUGUCAUUUGCCCAACCCACUGGAAUAGCACCAUGUCUGACAUACAUCGCACUUGUUAUUUCCACAAGCACAGGUGCGCAAUCCUUAGAUCUGGACGGGCUCGGGACAGGCAACCUCAGCCUACCCCCUGAAGCAACGCCACCGGCCACACGCCAGAGAAUAACUGUCCAUACGGAUGGCGUCCCGUCUUUUAGGACCCCCAUGCGACGAGCUUGGGCAAUUUUCAGGUGGCGUCGUUUAGUGCUGUCGAAGUUUGGGGCCUGGGCGUUUGGGCGUUGUAGCCCUGCUCGUGUGCCGUACCGCAGCGCGGAACGAGACGAGACGAGUCUGAGUCAAUUCGGGAGUAAAUACUUGGGGGCGGAAUAUUUACAUUGCGGACAGAAUUGAGUUGUGUCGACUGCACUAUGGGUUUGGACGAGAAAAGCCGGACAGAUGAGAAGCCGCAAGGGCCGGGUUGACCUCGCCUAUUGAAACUUA